AUGGCAGGUAAAAAAUCAGCUCCUGAGAAUAGCAAAAAAGUUUCGGGGAACGCCAAAAAAGCGGAGAUAGCAGCUCAAAAAUCGGGCGUAGAAAAGCAGAAGAAGGCUGCAGAGGAAGAUUUAGAGUGGAGUAAAGGGACCAAGAAUACAGCAAAAAAGGAAGCCGAAGCGGCCAAGAAAGCUGAACAAGCACGUAAGAAAGCUGAAAAAGACGCACUGCUUGCGGAAGAAGAGAAAAAUGCUAGAACUGCUCCAAAAAAUGCUAAAGUUGCCGUCAAAAAGUACAAAGGCCUCGAUUUAGCAUCUUUAGAUGCCGAAGAUGCCGGGCCCAAGAAAGGUACAUCGCUCAGCGCGACAGGUAUCGAUAACGCGCUCGAUGCGCUGUCUCUAGCCACUGGUGUAACUACCAAGAUAGACAAACAUCCAGAAAGACGAUUCAAGGCAGCUUUGGCAGCUUAUGAAGAGCGUCGGCUGAAGGAAAUGGAAGCUGAUGGCAGUGGUCAAGGCCUUCGACAAAACCAAAAGAAAGAGAAAAUUCGUAAGGAAUUCGAAAAACAUGAGGAAAAUCCAUUCAAUCAAGUCAGUGCGAGGUAUGAUGCCACGAAAAAUGACUUAAAAGAAUUGAGGGAGAGCGAAAAUGCAAAAAUUGAGGGUCGGUUAGCUUCGAGAUAA